AUGGCCCGUAUGAAACAGGGGGUUUUCUCAUGGGAGGAUGUGCUGGUUCAACGAUACCAGAGCAACAAACCCCCUCCUCUUCCCCGCCACCAAACAAUCCCAUUCUCCGCACCCCAACUCCAAAGUCGACUCCUCACCCGGCUAUCGCCGGAGCUUCGGCUAAUGAUCUGGGGAUUUGUCUUUGCAGACCAGAGAAUCCACAUAAUCCAAUGCAGCAAACAACGACUCGGACACGUGGUGUGUCCAUGUGCGCUCGAGCCAAGGUCCUCACCUCCAAAGCGCCACACACGCCAGAACAGCAACUUAUUCUGCGAGAUCUGCCAUGGCACGGGCAUCUCCCAGCCGGCCAAGGACGCCGAUCUCUUGCGCUGGAAUAAGGUUAAGCUACUGGGUCUGGCGUUGACUUGUCGGCAGAUAUACCACGAAUCAAUCUCUCUCCUCUACACCCUCCCAACCCUAGAAUUCAGCAACCCCUGGACGCUCCCGUACCUCCUCCCAACGAUCCCACCAGAACACCGGGACCGCAUCCGCUCCAUCGAGCUCCGCUGGUCCUUCCCAGGCCACUGGCUCCCGAGCAAAGACUCCGUCCGCGCCGUGUACGUGUCCGCCGGACGGACGCCGUGGACAGAGACGUGCCGGGCCGUAUCGCAGCUAGCUUCACUGCGGUCAUUCGUGCUCAUGCUUGAGAGCAACUGGUUCAGCGAGCCAGCUGAGAAAUUAGCUGGGUUUUUAGAGCCAUUGAGGGGGCUAGUUGUUCGGAGUGUUUCGCGACGGAGUUGGGAUUGGAAGUUUGGGAGAGAUGAGGUGGGUAGUCCGUUGGAGUUGGAGGUGGAUGGGAAUUGGAAGGCGAAUGCACAUGCAAAUGGGAAGGAGAAAAGUGGGGGUCGGAUUCGGGUGAGCGAUGUCGGGUUCGGCGAUGGGUUUAGUUCCGAUGAGGACUCUUGUAAGAGCUUGGGGUCGGAUUCGGGUUCGUUUUCUUCCGGGGGCUGUGAUUCGACUGCGGGUUCGACUGGGGCGAGGGGCAGCUGGGAGCUUAGGCUUCAGGGCCAAUCUUACUAUUUGCAUGAACUGGAUCGCGUAGGGGUGGAUCUUCGCCGGAGGGGUAUAGACUGCUGGAUAUCAGCGGUGUGA